ACCGAAUACAUAUACACCACACAAGACACUUGAUUUGUGUGUGGGCUGUGAUACUGCCCGGGUGCCUAAACCGAAGCAGGUGAUUUUCUUAGGGGGUCAGACCCGGAGCCUUCUACCUUAAGGUCUGAUCCACAAGGCCGUGGAGCAACGUCAGGAGAUGCAGUCCCAUGAUAGCCGGUGACCAACAAUUGGUACAUACGCCAUUUGUUCCUUCAGUAUAUUGGAGCCCACGUGGAUCAUUUCAUUUUGGAUCAGGGUUUUCCAACUCCCCUAGGUGGACUCAUCGUUUCCGCCAAGCUAGUUAAAGCGCUGGACAUUCGGUUUUCAUCCUCUCAAUUUUGCAGACAACACCGGUGCCGCGAGAAAGCAGUGUGUAGGACUUUCCUGACAUUGGCUGUAUAUGUGUAGCCAUGUGAAAGUAUUUCGAGAGGAAGAGCUAACUCUCUCCACCCUCAUCCGUACCAUAGCAUUUGGUGGCAAGAUCUUAUUAGGAAAAUGUCCAAAUACUUAUUUCGCUUCUAAAUUACUUAAUUAAUUCCUAUAUAUUUAUAUCGAUGGUCAGAUUUUGCAGCAACCGGCCUAUAAAUGGUUCAUUGUUGCUUACCGAACAUUAUUAUUUAUCAGGUCAUUUGUAAACAUGGGGAUUACUUUUUAUACAGGUUGAAAACUAAAUAAUUGAUGAGGAGCAAUGCCGACUUGGAUCACUAUUUCGAGGAUUAGAUAACUAUCAACAACUAAAUGCAUAAGGAUAAUAUUAAUAAAAUUUGUUUAGCCUCAGUUAUUGUAAUCUCAUCGACUACUUGACCGUGACUGUCAGAACAUGUCGCCAACAAAAAGGAAUUGCAAUUGCAAUAGACCAAAAGUAAAAGUUGUGAUAGGAUUUGUUUCGUACACGUCAGUUACUAGUAUUUUCUUUAUUUAAAAAUGGAGUUUAUUAUGGAAGACAUCCAUUUUGUCUGAAAAUGACCGGUGAUAUUAGCGGUGUAAGCUUUUAUUUGGCUAAACUUAAUUACCCAUAUUUGUUAAAAUGACCUGAUCAGUAUUAUAAAGGUCAGUGGUAAAAUAGAGAAAUAGUGUUAAAAAACUACUAGGUAAUUUGGAUUCAGUGAAGAAUCUUAACCUAUCAUGAGCUUUUGGGAUAGUUAACAAAUUGAGUACACUUUUUAAAAGCAGUGAUUUUAAACAUGCUUUUUAGUAGAAAACUUUGAACUUACCAACUUGUUUUUUCAUCUGAGUGUAUUUUCAUCCCACUUUAUUGUAUUUCUUAUUAUGCUUUCGUCAGGAUAAACUUUUGAUUGAUAUCCAUUUGAUAAGAUCUUUGUAAUGAACUUACUGUAACUUCAUCACUUUCCCACACUAUUAUUUAUAUAUUUUGUUCUGCUUACCUGUACACUCGUUUUUACUACUUGAUUUUUUAAUUGUAACUAAUUGUCAACAAUAAAUGUCUGAAAACAAAACAAUUAUCUUUUCCUACUUUUUAUUUACUUUCCAUACUUCAUACUGCUAUUAUUCUAUUUUAGAGAGAGAAUUCUUCAAAUGUCAGGUGCUGUUAAGGUGAUUCCAGAUGAUGAGUCUCAGCGAGAAAAUUGCACAACGUCAUCUGAACCAGUUUCGUUUGGGGAAAAGUCUGAGAGUAGUUACUCUUCAUGUGUUCCACAGCCUGUUCCACCGAAACUUCCUGUUAAUAAGUUGUAUGGAAUUCGAGCUAUAAUUGGAAUCUGUCUAUUGUUGUUUUCUGCGUACAUUGGCUCUAUCUUCUUUUUGGCUCCAUUACUACCGUUGGCUGUUCUGUCGCCUUUUGUAUUUCGCUAUUUUAGUGACUUUCUCUUAACAUCGUGGCUGAUGUUUGCUGAAUUUGUAAUACUCAAAAUUCUUGGUUGUCGUAUCCGUCAUUUUGGUGACCGAGUUAUACCAUCCACCACUACUGAGCCUCAUAGCUGUCUCUUUCUGAUCAAUCACCGGACGCAAUUAGAUUGGUUCUUCGUGUGGGGCUUAGGUGAUCCAAUUCAGCGUAUGAAAAUAAUUCUUAAGGAUUCUCUUGCGAAAGUUCCAGGUGCUGGUUGGGCAAUGCAAUGUGGUAGCUUUAUAUUCCUACGCCGGCGUAUUGCAACAGAUCAACAGCGAUUACAAAAAAUUGUAGAAUAUUUACUCAAAGUUAAACAGAGUUGUCAAUUGUUAAUCUUUCCUGAGGGCACAAAUUUGAGCAGUACUUCGUUGGAAAGAAGUGACAGUUACGCGAAGCAAAAUAACUUACCAUGUGUUCGUUAUACACUUCAUCCUAGAAGUACUGGAUUCUUGCAUUUAGUGAAAUUGAUUGGCUUAGAUCAUCUAACUGAAGUAUAUGAUGUCACAGUGGCCUAUCCAGAUAUUUUACCGUCACCGGAAAUUAAUCUAAUUUAUGGACAUAUUCCACAUGAAGUGCAUUAUCUUGUUCGCCGUUUCUAUUUAAGUGAUUUACUGGACAUCACAAAUGAUAAUCGAAAAUUAGACGACGAAACAAAUGAUAAAUUGUCAAAAUGGUUACAAAAUCGUUGGUUAGAAAAAGAAAAUAUUUUGAAAGAAUAUUAUGAUAAUCCUAUUGGCAAACGUUCAUUUCAAAAUGAAAUAACACCUGAUAGUCUAGCAUUCUAUGCGAAUUCGUCAGAUAAUAUAAUGUUCACUUAUUUGGGUUUAUUCAAUACUGGAUUUUGGUUUCUAUCCAUGUUCAGCUUAGUGUAUCUGAUUUGUACUACAUUCUAUAUUCAGAUUUAUUUUUUCACAAUUCAGUUAUUGUUUACUUAUUUCACUUAUUACACAAAUGGUGUUAAUAUAUGGGCCACUAAAUGGAUUAGUAAUUCUGUUAAAGGUGAAUACAACGAGAUCAAUGAUACUACUUUUAAUGUUACUACUGCUAAUAAUAGUCAUAAUAUUAAACAUGAUGUUGAUAAUAAUGCCAAUAAUGUCUUCAUGCAUUCAGUUCAAUAUGAAGGUGUUGAUCAGAAUAGAAAAGCUACUUAA